AUGCCGCUGAUGCCAGUAUUGGUGAACUGUGUUUACAUUAACUCGCGUCACAGUAGUUCACGAAAGGGUAAGUGAAUAUUAUUGAAGAAUUGCGUAUUGCCAUUAUAGAAUUGAAAUGACUAACGUGAUUCACUUGCCUCAAUCAAAUCUUGUAUUCAAGCCACAUUUGCUUUUAUAGAAACGCAAAUGCCGUUCAUUUACUUGUCAUCAUACUAGCGCUGGGAGUAUAAAUAGGUAAUUUGGCGUUUGAAUGGGUAAUCAAGAAAGCUUUUCGGGCACCAGUUUUGUGAUUCACAAGAUCCUCCGAUCAACUUGAUCCCUACUUGGAACUCUUUUGAAUCUGAGCUUCUCACCAAGAACAAUUUCGUAAUUUUGUUAUCCCUAACAAGCAACACCAUCAGCGCACCAAGAACCGCAAUCAGAAUAUCAAAGUCAAAAUCCACUUUCGAACCCAAGUCCACGUAUAGACGACCUGCACUCUCAGAUCCAAAGGUAUCCUUCAAAACCCUACUCAAAGCCCUCUAUCGCAUCGAGUAUGAGAGAACAUACCAUAAACCACCACCAAAAGCCAAAGAGUUUCCCUACAUCACCAUGGAACCGAUUUUACCCCGGCUGGAGCCCGACGCUUACAAAAGAAUAGCGCAAAGAUUGAAUUACUUGCGCGCUUUGGAUUUUAUACGGGAAAGAAACAACGAUCGGGUAGAAAGCAAAUGGACUGUCACCAGUUCAAUAAAAAGCAAUUGGAAGAUGGUAAAUAAAGGCAGUUAUGGGACGGCUAUUAAGGAGUUGAGUGAGGUGUGA